CGUUCCUUCUUUCGGUUCUUUUUUUAAAUUGCUUCUCCCGGCACUUGACGAAAGCGCCUGGAUAAGUGUGGACGCGUACCUCUGGGGGCUUUCCUUUCCCUUCCCCCCUCGGCCCCCCUAGCUGGCCGAGGCAGAGCUGCUUCCUUCGGUCUGCAGUUUUGUUUUCUCUUCCACGCGUCCUCUAUCGUUCUUCUCCUUGAAACUGAUUUGGAUUCCCCGACUCUUUCAUCUCCGUGUGCCUCGGCUGGAGGUGACCUGAGCCUGGCGUCACUCCGCCCUCCACACUGGCCGUUUUUUUCGCAGCUUUUCGCCGCCGCCGUUCAUCGUGAUUCACUGCGGUUGCUGAAGAGAAAAAAUGAAUGGCGGCAGGGACUGCACUACCAAAGUGCUUAUCCCAUAGCUCUAUACGUACGCUCACAGCUUUGUCCUGGAUUCGUCAGCAUCCGUACCAAUGUUUUCGACUCUUUGCGGGCGAGAGGCGGACAUGCGCAGAACGCCGCUGUCUUCUCGUCUUGCUCAAUCUUCGGCGGCAACGUGUUCCGUUCCGCAAACAAUUUCUGUUCCUCCGCUUCCGCGGUACGGCCUGCCUUCCGCAUUUCCUUUGUCAUCGGCUUGCGUAACUGAAAGGCCAGUUUAGGGCCUACCCGGAAAAUCUCGGUUUUCAGCGUACCGCUCCUCCUAGCGGUGCCAAACCUACUCACAUGUUUUGAUAGGUCUCCCGAGGUGUACAUACACUGCAGCGACAUUCUGCGAUUUUUCCUACGGGCACAGAGGGUAGCCCCUGUUCCAGUGUCGUGGUGUAGAGCAGCCGCUGCUUUCGUUUCUUGGCUUCUUUCGACUGUCGUGCGAUUCUGCCCCGCGACUUUGUCUUGCCCGCUUUACCGUGUUUCUCCAAAUUUUUGCAUUUUCUCGGAGACGAAGCACCUACUCUCGGAACCGAGCUGCUUACGCUGACGGGUCCAGGUGACAAAGAGACAGGCUGUUCGCUGCCCACGUCCUCUCCUCGCCCUGUCUGCUGUCUCCGGUGGAGGCGGGGAGCUUGUGGCCUGGAACUCUCUGCCUCUCUGUGGUGCCUUUCUCUGCUUUCUGCCCCUGACAAGCAGAGUCGCAAGCCCGACAUUUUCUUGUUCGGCUGUCCGCGUUUCGCCUCUUGCAUCUUUCUCGCUUUCCUUCUUCCGCCUGCCCCCCGCGUGCUUCUCUGCCGAGUCUUGUUCCAGCUUCAGGUUGCGAUGUCGUUCCCGACACCGACGCCGGUCCUGCUGGCGGUGGAGAAGAAGAUGCUCCUUCGCCAACAACAGAGAGAGCGGGAGCGCCAGCGGCACGAGGAGCCGGGGGUGCGACGAUCACGGCCUGAGGUGUCUAGACACUCGGCAGCGGCCGUCCCGCGGAAGCGUGGAUUGUCGCUCGACGCCGACCGCGCUCGUUCCUUCUCGAUUUCGGAGAGGAGGAGCGGCGGAAGGUCGAGGAAAGCGGCUGCUCUCUCGUCUUCGCUGGAGCGCGAGAGAGCUGAAGACCGGGACAGGGCCGACGUCUCCCAGGAGUCCUGCGGUCUGAGCCACGCGCGGUCCAGCUUGCCGACCUGGGACCAAGAAGAGAAGGCCGGAGAGGGCGAACGCGCUCUGAAGAAUUUAUCUCGCAAGCGCGCGCGUCUGGAAGCACAGAGAGAACAGGAAGACGAGGGGGAGGAACCGCACUUCGUUCGCCGCGAACGCGCGAGAAGAAAAGACGCCAGAGAAGACCGAGACAGGGAAGUGAGACUGCUGAGACACGCAGACGAAGAAGUCGGCCACAGAACCAGAAAGAAAGGGGUGUCUCGGACCGACGCCUCCCCGGGCUCGAGUCGCGCAGGCUCUUCCCCAGAGAAAGAGAGAAAACACGAUCGAAGGGCGCGCCGGAACAGAAGCGGCAGGGGAGAACGAGACACCCCGCGCCUGUUUGUGAAGGGGCACUCGAGUCCAAUUGUGAUCUCGGAGGCGACGCGGAGCCCGCGGCGGGUACUGGGCGCGCCGGAAGUGUCUUCAGUGUCUCUGCCGUCUGGGGCUCCAGUGGUUUUGGUCGCGGCGUCUCCACGACGGGGAUCGCUGUUUCCGGUGUCUUCGGUGUUGGGGAAGAAGAGUCGGUCGAAGAAGCCGAGUGUUUUGGGGAGUAGCCUACCGUCUCUCGCCGACGACAUCGACACAGACAGCACGGUCGAGACGCACCUUUUGCGGGUGAAGGGCGACGCGGACGCGCCAGCCUUCGCGCCUCUCCGGGCCGCCUCUCACCGGCGGGCGCGGUCGUCUUCUCUGCAUGCGCACAGGAGACAGCGUGAGGAGCGCGCGCGGCGGGGCAGGUCCGGAGGAGACAGAAGCGAGAGAAGAAGAGACGUCAGUGAGGAAGAUCGGGUGGAAAGGUCUCGCCGCCGACCGAGGCGAGAGUGGAAGCCGGAGGACGAGGACAGUGUCGCUGGAGACAGAGACAAGAGCGCCCCGAUAGCGCAUGCAUCGAAGCGAGGCGGGAAGCGGGGAGCGUCUGAAACGGAGGAAGUCCGGGACUCGAGAACUGACUCGCGGGGGAAUAGUGGCCUCGACAGCGACGCGGAGAACGACCGGUUGAGUGCAAAUUCUUCUCUCCAAGUGCGACUCACUGGGGGGCGGCGGCGUCAGGCUCGCAACAAGCCCCGGGAACCUGGGGACUCAGCAGACGAUUCUCCGGCACCAAGAGACACGGGACGAGGACCGGGUCCAGAGUUGGAGUCCGAGAACCGAACGCUUCGUGGUACGCGAAAGGCCUUGUUAGAGAAGGUGGCGGGGCAGGCAAGGGAUCUGAGAGGCCGCGCUGGGAGAGACGUAGGAGAAGAACGAGGUCGACACAUUCGAGACGCGACGCCUCCGGGGCUUCCGGACCUCGCCUCGCCGCGCCUCCGCACGGUCUCUUCGAGCCGAGAGACGAAUCUCGGAACUACCUUUCCUUCUCGGUUUUCUUCAUGCGUUGACCCUGAGGGGACAGAGAAGACGAACACGCGAACGGAGACAGCUGGGCGACCCCCCGCGUCGAGGACCGACAGCGGUGCGAGCGCAGGCCUGCCGGAGCUCCGGGCGCGCAGACACUCUCUGGGAGACAAGAGAAAGGACUCGACUGAUCAGCGAGAAGGCGAGGUCUGCUUGGUCCAGCCUUUCCAGCCGUCUCCUCGGGGGCGGGACUCUCGGAGACUCGCCGAUAUGCGAAGCACCACGACGGACGCGCGCAGCCUCGUCUCCUCUUCUUUGGUGUCUCGACAUCUCAGUCCCGACGAAAACGAGACACACCGCAGUCUCCACCCGUUGCAUUGUUCAUCCUCGCAUCUUUCUUCCUCUCACCUGUCUUCUUCUCACCUGUCUUCUUCUCACCUGUCUUCUUCUCACUUGUCUUCUUCUCACUUGUCUUCUUCUCAUCUCGCUUCUUCUGCAUGCAUGCACGAGGGACUGGGGACAGGAGAGACGGGUCCCUCGGCUCUCGGAGGUGGAGACGGGCAGAGUCGUGUCGUGCGACCUUCGCCGUUUGCUUGUUCAGGAUCGAAUGCGUUAACUCUUCACACUCCGUGGACUCCCGACAGCGGUCAAGUGUUGCGCGAGCAAAGAAACCUCGAGCCGAAGAAGGGAGUGGAGGACGCGAGGGCGAGGGGACAGGUGGCUGACGAAGCGGAGACUCUCCGAGAGAAGGAGCAGAGUCUGAGAGCAGAUCUCGCUGCGAGAGCUCCCGCAGAUCCGAGUGCCUUCGCCUUCUUCUGGCUGCAGGAGCAUCCGAGUACUGGAGAGAAGGUUGGAGGCAGACAGCGAGUUCUCGCUCCUCCAGAGGAUAAUACGGUCCCUGGAGAAAACAGCGAACGCAGGGUCUCCACGGAUGGCGGUGUGUGCGCGCCUCCAUCUGCUUCAGAGGCGAGCGAGCCCACCUCUUCCGUUGCUGUCGCAGGGAAGACGAUGCCAUGGAAGAAGCAAGGGUCUUGCUUCUCCGCCGCUUCUGGAUCUGCCUCAGGCCGCUGGCGCGACCCAAAGAUGGCCUCGUCGCCGCUUCCCCGAGAGGGUGGCGAAACGUUCUUGCGGAGCCCGGACGGCGAAGGCGAGAAGCGUGCUCCAGGGUCCUCGGCGUCUCCUUUUUGUGCCACGGACAGGAACUUGCCAGGAGUGAAGAAGACGAGAGCCGGGGGAGAAACAACGCCCUUGUUGCUCUCUGUGGUGAGCGUUGGGGGCAGCACGACUGACCGAACAGAGAGCAGCGCGAGCAGCCUCGCAGGACAGUUCAAACCGACUUUUGCGCCGCGGGAAGCGGAGAAGCCGAGAAAAGGAGACAUCGGAGCCCCUCGGGGGGCGGAGCUCUGGAGCUGGACCGGAGACCGCAGUUUCGCGGACUCUACGGGGCAGUCAGCGCCCAUCAGACAGCCAAUAGAAGCCGCGCAGAGGUGGCUUGCCAGAGAAGCAAACGCCUGCCGAGAAGAGAUGAAUCGAUGCGCGUUCGAGACUCGAAACAACGGAGAAACGGGAGACAACGGAGACAGCGGAGACAGCGGAAGGCGACACACAGACGGACAGGCUGCGAGGUUGGAGGCGAGUGCGCAGAAUCAAGAGGGGAACACAGAAAGGCUGUUCGGGGCGCGAAGUAGAGACCGAGAGACACAAGACAGAAGAGGCAGCCGAGAGGAACAAUACGCCGGGGCCAACGCGGUUCGAUUCUCCCACCAGGCAGAAGAAGGCGACGUGCUUGUCCAAGAUCCUUUGCCGAUGCUCGUGACGCCAACAUUUCCGUCGCAACUCUCUCCUUGCUCGCCAUCUGCGUUUCCUCCUUCUCUCCCCCCUUUCGAGUUCCACGGAAACUCCUUGCCUCUGGGGUACCCCUCGUACAGCCACGAGGAGUUCGCGAGGCAAGAGGUGGAAAGCCGGAGAGGCGCUUUGAAUCUUUCCGCGGUUCUCGAAGCUGUCCACACAGGCGCCUCCACGUUUUCUCUUCGUUUGGCUCCUCUCUCCCUAGAGGCGCAGCGAGAGAUGGCAGCAAGAGCAAUGGAGGAACAAGAGGCAUGCAAACGAGACAGACCGCCUCCACCUGAGGAUAGUCUGGAGAAAGUGAAGAGAGAAGCUGAGGCUGGCGUGGACGAUUUCCUCGCCUUUCUCGCGGAACCGUUCCCCGGCUGCUCAGAGGCUUCGCGUGUAUGUACUCCUGCCUUUCUGGAGAGUCUGUCUGCCUGUCCAGCUCCGCCAGACUCUUCACUCAUUCGCCUUUGUAGAGACUGCGGAGCAGGUGCUCUCGGGCCGGAGGCAGAAGCGAAGGAGGGGGCAGACGAGGCGGGUGUGGAGGCGCCUCAAAGGCCUCAGAGCGGGGAAAGCGAAAAGACAGAGCUGCAUGCAAAGGACUUGCCUGUGAUGAAACAUGUUUUCGAGCCAAUGCUCCAGGCCGUCGAGGCCGCAACGACGAAGCGAGACCUGCAGCGACUCAUCUCUGUGUUUCCUCCGACCGCACAGAGCAGCCCAGCUCACCAAGAUGUUCUGCUGUGCUUCGCGGAGAAGGUAACGCGCGCAGGUCUGCGCGACACCCGUCGGUGUCUCGAGCAUUUCGCGGUGUACGUACACCGGAAAGCCGAGACUCUCCUGGCAGCUCGAAGAGCCCAAGAGGCCGCCCGGCGAGCAGAAGAAUCCGCGUGUCUCGAGGAAGAGCGGCAGGCGACUUCCUACGGGCGCCUGUGGGGCAGCAUCCGCGCCGUCCUCGCACACAAGACUCGCGAGCUGGCGCAGGCGCGCAGCCUUCUCAGCCCCUUGGGCUUGGACCUGAGAGACUACCGCUUCCGCGAAAAUCUCCAACUCCGUCUCGCUGCUCUCCCUCAAGACAAAGAAGAAAAAAUUCCUGCAGACAACGCCGCAGCUGAUCCACCAAACUGCCAAGAAAAGGAAAAGAGACAAGAAGGCGAAGAGGGAAAAGACAUUUCUGGAGAAGCACGUACUCCUGAAGCUCUGAGGGAGGAGCUUUUAGCCUGCGACAAAGAGGCUCAGAGAAUCAAAGAAGAGGAAGAACAGCAAGCCGCGUUGUUGAAGCGCCGCCGGCUGCGGAAGCUUCGCGUCGAGCUCCAUGAGGCAAUCAAUGAAGGAAAGCAGAUGCUCGAGGCGUUGCAAGCGCAGAGAGAGCAGGUGCUCGUUCUCGCGCAGCGUCUGCAUGGGGCAGUCUUACCUCACGUUGACGAAAAGAAACUUCUGCUGCAACUUCAGCGUCGGCGUUCGCAGCGCUGGGGCACUCCAGAGCGCGGGGCGCCGUCGCGAGGCUCUGGCGACUUGCCUGGAAACUUCUCUUCAGGGCGACAGGGCGCAGAGAGCUCUUCACAGUCGCCUCCCGCGCCAGGACGAGGCUCGCUGCUCGAGUCUCCUCGACUUCACCGGCUUCUGCCUUCUCUCUUCGACCUCUCUCUCCCGCCCUCUCGCAGAUUCUCCCUCGCUUCGCUCUUGGGGGAACGCUCGGUUCUCGGCGAAGACGAGAACACCGAAGAAACGCGCAGAGCAGAAGAAAGCGACAAGGCAGACUGCGGAGAAGAAGACGAAGGAGACAGAGCAGGUGGAAGAGAGAGAGUCGGAGACGCGAGACAGGGUGACGAGAGACGACAGGGGGAACGGAGGGAAGAGGUGGGCGCGAGCGGUUCGAAGUUCAGCUCAGACAAGGUGAAUUUCUGUUUAUCUCGCGGAGAUGGGCGAGAAGAGAGAGACGGUGCGUUUCUGAGCUCAUCUUCGAAUGGGAGGUCUCUGCGACUGUCCGACCUCGACGGUGGCGGAGACGAGGAGUUGAAGCCGACACAGAAACUCGGUUUGCCAGACAUCACGACAAGCGCAGAUCCUCGCGAGUCCGCGGCGUCUCCAGCCAAGGCCCCGCCGGUCGAGAAACGGUCUCUUUCUUGCUCGUUCGAAACCAGCAAAAGCGUCUCCUCCCGCUCCCAUCUGGCCUUCUCUCAGGCUCUCCCGAGCGGGCAGGCUGGAGAGGGUGAGAGAAAAGAGAGAGGGGCGAAGGUCGGAGACGGCAGCUGGCAUUUCUUCGAUCAGGAAAGGGAGGGGACAGCGGCAGUCUCCGCAGAGAAACUGGUUCUGCAGUGGCGAGAAGUGAACGCCGCCAACUGCAAGCAGCAGAAGCGGACCGCGCAAGCGAGCCUGGCGCGCGUGGAGACGCUGAGAGAGACAGCUCGGCGCGCGAGAGCGGAGUUUCUGCUCCACGCCGAGGAAACACCUGGGAGCCUCAGCCGGCUGUGGGGAGAGACAAACGAGGCGACAAGUGUUUCAGAAACGCGCGACGAACGAAGACGCGAGAACGACCAGACCGCAGAAGGCAGAGACGCCCGAGAGAAGAGACAGGAAGUUCUCGAGAGAAUCCUGAACGCAGCUUCGCUCUCAGAGGCUCCUCAGCGCAGGCAGCGACCACGAGAAGACGAGAGAGGGACAGACAGAGACAACCCCGGAAGAGGCGAGGAGACACCCGGCCUCUUCGACAGAUUGCGCCUGAGGCCCCAGACACACCCCAGCCGCGAAGAAGAAACUUUCUCGCUGAGAAAUCUCGCCUCAACUCGAAGAUAGAAGGCGAAAAUACGCCUUACAGAAAGACCUAUACAUAUGCAGAC